GAGAUUCACAUCCUACUUGUUACGGUUCAAAUAGUUGGAUAUUUUCCUUUGCACCUAUGCAUUGUUUCCUACCAGAGUAAGUAACGUUUGAAUGUAUUUCAGAAUGAAUAUUUAAUGAAGGUCAUGAGCCCAUUUCCCCAGCCUGUCGAGGUCCCUCUGGUCUAUCAACCACUCCUCCCAGCUUUGUUUCUUCUGCAAACUUGCUGAGGGUGCUCUCUGUCCCAUCAUCCAGGCUAUUAAUGAAGAUGUUACACAGUAUUGGCCUCAGUAUUAACCUUACCCUGGGGUACACCACCAGUGACUGGCCUCCAGCUGGACUUCCUGCCACUGGUUACAGCCCUCUGAGCCCAGCAGUUCUCAUCUGUGCCUCAUCUACUGAGGCAGUUAUCUCAUCGUAGAAGGCUGUCAGGUCAGUCAAGCAUGAUUUCAAGGACGCCUGGUAUAAACAGAUGUGGAGAUCACAGGCUCUCUCAUUUCCUUCUACUGGCAGACCCACAUUUUAGAAGACACUAACAAGAUCUUACUAGUGUGUCCGGUGCCUGAGGAGCAGAGAAUGGCUCCUGUGAUCACUGUGACAAUUCAAAACCUGCUGAUGGUAAUCACUGCAACAUCAGAAGAGGUCAGGUUGGUUUCUUUUUAUGUGUGUGUAACUGGCACACCAAAAUUAUGUUCAGAGUACAUAAAAGUCAAGCUCUCAAAAAUUAGGAAAUGCAAACAUGCAGACUGUCUGUGCAUCUUUCACAGACUUACUCCCUCGUGUGUUAUGUUGUAGUCUUUAAUGACAUGCUCUCAUUCAAGUGAGAGAUACCAUUCAUAAGGCUCACUGUUUAAGCUGAGUUCUCCAGAAAUUUCUUGCCAUCCGUCUCGUAAAAAUCUAAAUAUCUGCACAGGCUGCCUUAAUCACCGUCUCUUCACUUGCAAUCUUGAAUGUUCCUUAAAAUCAUUUCUUAAACUGAAGAGAAGAAUGAGCCCACGGUCUUGCCACAGCCUCAAUGUCUCUGGCUGCUUGUGUGGCGUUCCAGCAACUCCACGUUUCCCUUGUGCAAAGUUCAAGGAUUUGUCACGGCAACAUCUAAGUUUUGCAAGCAACAGAGUUGGUCCUCGUCCCAGAGUUGAGGAAAACUUGCUUAGCCUUUUCCAAAACAAGGGCUCGGCUUCUGGGCUGUUCUGGCUUUUGACAUCCUGUCUCCAUGGCAGUGAUCAGCUGGCAAGAUUGUUAAAAGAGGCCCUCUUGAGCAAGCUGGAUAAUGCUGGCAAGCGCAGCCGCGCUGGGUGCUGCAGCAGGAGGAGCAGCCGCUGCAGCAGGCAGCAAAGAGGCAAAAUGGCUCUUGCUCUCCUGUUGGCAGCAAUCCUGGGUCUUCUUAUUGUCAAGUCUGUUUUGCUUCAGCUGAAACACCCGAGCUCCCCUCCUUGCAUCGGGAGCUGGAUCCCUUGGUUUGGAGCUGCGUUCCAGUUCGGGAAAGCUCCCCUGGAGUUUAUAGAGGAAGCUAGAAGCAAGUAUGGGCCCAUAUUCACAAUAUUUGCUCUGGGAAAACGAUUUACUUUUGUGACCGACGAAGAAGGGGCUGAAGCAUUUUUUACAUCUGAAGACUUAAAUUUUGAGCAGGCAGUACAACAAGCUGUCCAGAAUGCAGCUUCUGUUCCCGCAGAAGCCUUUUAUCAGAAUCACGGUAACCUGUACACCAUGAUGAAGGGGAAAAUGGGUCCUUCUAACCUGCACAUGUUCACGGACACUCUGUGUAAGGAACUACACGAGCACAUGGGACAGCUGGGCAAUGAGGGAACAGGCGACCUCAAUGACCUGGUAAGGCGUAUGAUGUAUCCAGCAGUGGUGAAUACUUUGUUUGGAAAAGGUGUCUGUCCAACAAGCCGGAGUGAAAUGAAGGAGUUUGAAGAACAUUUUCAAAAGUAUGAUGAGGACUUCGAGUACGCCUCUCAGAUGCCCGAGUGCUUCCUGAGGAACUGGUCUAAAUCCAAAAAAUGGCUUCUAAAAUUAUUUGAGAAAGUGGUGUCCGAUGCUGAAAAGACCAACCCCUCGGAGACUACAUCCAAGAUUGCAUUUUGGACCCUUGCUUUCAUCCUGUCCCGUCCUUCCAUUUACAAGAAAAUCAUGGAAGACCUGGCUUCUGUUUUUGGCAAAGCAGGUAGAGAUAAAAUAGAAGUCUCUGAAGAUGACCUUAAGAAGCUCCCUUUUAUUAAAUGGUGCACUUUGGAAGCCAUACGGUUGAGGUCGCCAGGAGCAAUCACCAAGAAAGUGGUAAAUCCAAUAAGAAUUCAGAAUUUCACCGUCCCUGCAGGUGACAUGCUGAUGUUGUCUCCGUAUUGGUUGCACAGGAAUCCAAAAUAUUUUCCUGACCCGGAAAUGUUCAAGCCUGAUCGUUGGAAAGAGGCAAAUUUAGAGAAGAAUGCUUUCUUGGACAGCUUUGUGGCAUUCGGAGGAGGGAAGCAUCAGUGUCCAGGAAGGUGGUUUGCUAUCAUGGAAAUCCAGUUGUUUACUGUGUUAUUCCUAUAUAAAUAUGAAUUUGUUCUUUUGGAUUCAGUACCAAAGGAGAGCCCUUUACAUUUAGUGGGGACACAGCAACCCAUGGCACCGUUCCGGGUCCUGUAUAAGUACCGGGAAUGAAAGCUGACCAGCACUGACUUGCCUUCCUUUGCCGGUCACCGUCAGAUGAACGGGCCGCUGAGCUGCUUCCCUUUGGAAUAACGUACAUGUUCAAAUCUAUUAUCAUAGUUAAGAACUGUUAAGUUGUCAAGAAAGGUCUUAACUUCAAGUGCCGUACAUACUCUGUGUUGUGGUAUGCCAUGCCGGUGUAGUGGUACCUGUGUUUCUUAUCCGGACUGCCUAUGUCCCAGUAUUUAAAAGUCAAACUGUCUUGCUGUGUUUGUAACUUGUGGGCCAAAUUAUCUGCAGCCUUUGCAGGUCUAACUGGUAUACUAAAUGCACCAACCAGCCAUUCAGGACAAAAAUCUGCUGUGCUUGGAAAUCGUUUAUGGAAGUUGUGUUAGAACCCUUGGAAAAGCAGGUCCCUUGGGCCAAGUCCCUUCGUACCAAGGCCAAAGUUCUGCCUUGUGGUAUGAAACUGGAGCGGUAACACCAUAUGGCUCCCUGGGGCCAGUGUGCACAAAAUAUAGGACAGUGCUGAGUAGAGACCUCUGGAUCUCAGUCACUAUAAACUAGCACCAUUUAUAGUAUAUGAAAUCUGACAGCAGUUAAGGUGUUGGUAUCCGAACUUAUUUGACGGCUUCCUUGAACAACUUCCUAUACUAUCAUUGUAUAGCUAGGGGCAGAUCUGGCCUGCUCUGCACGCAGUGGGGGCCAACUGAUCACAAAUGAAAUGCAUUUGUAGCUGAAGAAUGGCCAACGUGGGAAACAGGUGGGCUCUUGUCCCAUUGGAGCACCUGAAAUUUCCACUGGUCUUCAUUCGCUCCACAGGAUUCAGAAUUGCUCCUUGCAUGAAUAUGCAGUGAAAGGUUGAUCAUGGUCUUUGGCUUCUAAUGAAUGGUGAUAGCAAGAAAAGCCAUUGUUAUUUCAUGAAUUGUUUGUUGAAGUUCUAGAAUAUUUUUGCUUUUCUUCUAACAUGACUUACAGAACAACUUGCACAAAUCUAAAAAUAUGAAAUCCUAUAAAAAGUGUCCAGUAAAAGUUGUUCAAGGAAGCUGUCAAAUAAGUUCAGACACCAACACCUUAACUGCUGUCAGAUUUCAUAUACUAUAAUAGCUGGCAUAUAUUUUUAGUCUUUUAAGUAAAGAUUACUCAUCAUUUUAGAAGUAUUUUCAAGAACAACACAUGGACUUUUAACAGCAGUAAAAAUGAUGGCAGUAAGAUCCAUAGGAAAAUAAUAAAGUGUUUAAUGCAUAAAUUGGUUGGCUUACAGUCAUGGAUAUGACAGUUUUACAAACUUUAAUGUUUUAUAUGGCUGGACAAGGAUUCGUCCAACUUCUAAUUUAGCCCAUCACGGUUAACUUGCCAAGAGUUCCACUCUUAACUGCUGUUUGAGAAUCUCUUCUGUAACUGAAAACUAUUCUCUUUUUUUCAUGUGUGGUCAUUACCCAAAAGCAUAUAUUUUUAUGUUAGAAUUUGGAAAUGUCCGCAAUAUCUAGUCAGAUAGCUUGUAAAGCUGUGAAGAUAAAAAAUUAUUUUCCAA